UUCCCAUCUCAUCGUAAGAUGCUCCGUGGAAGGGAGCCGAGCGGUGGGCAGUGGCCGAGUCCCCGAUAAGGAGCGCCUCACAUUUCCGUGGCAUUCCCAUUUGCUAGUGCGCUGCUGCGGCCGCACGCCUGAUUGAUAUAUGACUGCAAUGGCACUUUUCCAUUUGACAUUCUCUCUCUCUCUCUCCCUCUCCCUCUCCCUCUGCCUCUCUCUCUCCCUGUGUCGCUUAAACAACAGUCCUAACUUUUGUGUGUUGCAAAUAUAAAAGGCAAGCCAUGUGACAGAGGGACAGAAGAACAAAAGCAUUUGGAAGUAACAGGACCUCUUUCUAGCUCUCAGAAAAGUCUGAGAAGAAAGGAGCCCUACGUUUCCCCCAAGCUGUGCAGCCGAUAUGGUGAUGAUGGAUUGCAAGUGGAAAGAGUAAGACCAAACUCUGGCACACAAAGGACCAUGACAACCAGAAAGCUUCGGCCAGAUCCUGCCCUGUGCUGGGAAGGAACUGGAUCCUAGUUCCUUCUGGAACUAGAUCCUUCUGGAAACUGCGUUUCCCAUUUAUAGUCCUCUGCCUCCCUCUACUGUUCCUUCCGAGAAGCUUUCCUUACAACAAUGAGAAAUCAUGUACUCGCUGCCUCCUUUUCUAUGCUCUCCCUGCUGGCGCUGAUGGGAGAUACAGACAGCAAAACGGACAGCUCGUUCAUGAUCGACUCGGACCCUCUGCGCUGCAUGAGGCACCACUAUGUCGAUUCUAUCAGUCACCCAUUGUACAAGUGUAGCUCAAAGAUGGUGCUUCUGGCCAGGUGCGAGGGGCACUGCAGCCAGGCGUCGCGCUCUGAGCCCCUGGUGUCCUUCAGCACUGUCCUCAAGCAGCCUUUCCGCUCCUCCUGUCACUGCUGCCGGCCCCAGACCUCCAAGCUAAAAGCAUUGCGGCUGCGCUGCUCCGGGGGCAUGAGGCUCACGGCCACCUACCGGUACAUUCUCUCCUGUCACUGUGAGGAGUGUGGCUCCUGAGACCUGCCGCUCAGUGGCUUCUGGAUGGGACAACCUUGUCCCUCGCCGAGACAGUUCAACCAGCCAGGGAGAAGGACUGGCAAGACAAGAGUUAAGGAGGAAAGAAAAAGAUGCAGCAAUUCCCACAGGAUUCUGCAUAUUCUAGUAAUAAAGACUCUCCAUGCUUGCUGAGAGAGAGAGAGAGAGAGAAAGAGAGAGAGAGAGAGAGAGAGAGAGAGAGAGAGAGAGAGAGAGAGAGAGAGAGAGAUGCUCUGGGAAUUUGGUUCCCAUCCCCAUCUCCUUUCCCUCGUACAAUUUCUUUUGGUUCCUUUUCAGAUUCAAGCAUCUCUCCCCCCGCCCCCCCCCGCCCUUGUCGCUGAAUGCUGUUUAGGUUUUCAGCACGACAGCAUUCUUUAGUGGGGAACGUGGGUCCCCAUGCCAGCGUGGGUCAGGCUGUCGCAGUUUGGUGCGUUGGGGAAGCAUUUGCCCCGGAAAGCAGAAAAGGCCCGCUCUUUCUGUGAUGCCUUCUGGCUUUGGUUUUACCCUGGGUUUUAUCUUGUCAUCUGGUCUCAGAUUGCCGUCCCUGAGAAAAGUUACCAAUUUCACACUGCGGGCACCGAGCGUGUGGAUGCCCAGAGCCAGGCCCACUUGCAGCCUGCUAACCAACAUUAAAAUAACUAACACUCGGAUUCUCCUAUGUGACGCAGAAGCUACUGAAAGCGACAAAUAUUAUGCCGAAAUGACUUUUGGGAAGUAAAGGUGGCAUAAGGGAUUGGCCAACUGAAGGCUCCUGCAGAUAACUCCUGGUGAAAUUGUGUAAGGGAGCCAACAUCUAAAGAGCCGCACAAAUACGGAUCCUGCACUGACUUUGAAAAAGGCAUAUAUGUACUAGCGCAUGGAGAAUGCACUCUACUCAUGCAUGCAAAUUAGACAACCAAGUAUGAAUCUAUUUGUGGGUGUGCUAUAGCUUUAGCCAUGUUGUGGGCAUCGUUCUCCACCAUCCACUUGUCCGUGUGAAGCUUGCUGUCCCAACGGCAGCCUGACUCAUCCUCUGACUAUUUGGCUCAACUGUAUUUUGGUCCUUGAGACUCAAAAUUUGAGUUAUUCCCAUGUUGUGAAAUAAAAAGACAGUAUCUUCAAAAUUU